AUGGAUUUACAUCAUCAACAUGCAACAAUCUAUUCAUCUGCACCUAAACUAGUUGAACCUCAUCUAUGCAUUGCUCGAUCAACAACAGAUCGAAAUGAUUUUAUAUCAUCACUUGUUCAUACUCUUGUACAAUCGGAUACAAUAAAACAAUCAUCUCUAAUUGAAUCUCUUCGACAUCAACAACAAAUAAUUGGUACAAAUUCAAAAAAUAUUCAUCAAUUUUCUCGACAAAAACGAAAACAUUUAUCACGUAAAGGAAAUAAAUUAUUAACAAAAACAAUAAAACAAGUUCGUCAUAAUGCUCAACAAUUACGUAAAGAUCAAGUUGAAUGUGAUUAUAAUAAUUAUAUAUUUAUGAAUCAUCUAUGGAAACAAUAUAUAAGUGAAUUAUUAAAAGAUACAACAAGUAAUGAAUCUAUUCUUCAACGAAUUAUUACAGCUGAUUAUCAUGGAUGUAUAAUACGAAUUGUUCAAGCUAAAAAUAAAUCAUUAAUUGGUAAAGAAGGAAUUGUUAUUCAAGAAACAAAAAAUAUCUUUGUGAUUGUUGAAAAAACAAAAAAUCGUCGUUGCUCAAUUAUGAAAAAAGAUUGUCUAUUUUCAAUGAAUAUUCCAGUUGGCGAGAAAGAUCAAACAAUAUUUGUAUCUGGCUCAGCAAUUGCUGUACGACCAGAACAACGCGGACAAAAACGAUCGACAAGCAUCGAAUAUAUGAAUAAAUUUUGUUAA